AUGGGCGGCUUUAAUUCCCCUGCAAGCGGUUCUAGUCCGCAAACUGGUGGCUCUAAUAUUCCAGGUAGGGGUUCCCCCGGGGGAGGCAAGGGGGGAAGCCCUCCGGGCGGGGAAAGCCCCUAUGCUGGUCCCCCCCGCGCUGGGGGAAUGCGGAUGGGGGGAGGGCCUGGGGGAGUGACUAGAGGAGUGGGGGGAGGGAUAGCUGGAGGGGGGACUGGCGGAGGAGGGGGAGGGGGAGGCGGAACACGAGGGGGAUCGGAGAAGGAAGAAAGGGAGGUGUUUACCCCAGGCGGGGGAGGGAGAACAGAGGUUGGGGAAAACCCUGAAGGAAGGUCAAAAGCAGUGUCAAUCCAAAGUCCACACAAGCCCAAAAUCGUCCUACCAUCUACCAGCCCCCACGCCAGCCCUUAUGCUAGCCCCUACGCCAGCCCACGCUUUGGAUCCCCGUUAGUAGGCUCCCCGUUACUAGGCUCCCCCAUGCUGUCUCAAACGGGUUCCCGAACCGGGUUUGUGACUCCUGGUGCUAUGACGCCUGGUGGGGGGAGCGUGGUGGUCAGCCCCGGUACCUUGGCUGCGCAGGAGGAUCGGGACCAAGCCAAACUGGCCGAGAUCCAGAGCAUGUUCGCCAAUUGGAACCACGGAACCCCAAUCCCGUCCCCCAAAGCUGGAGCCUCGGCUCGGGCCGAGGCUGGCUUCCCGCUUCGGACGCCCCAGCCUAGCGACUACUACCGGAUCGACGGUGGGGAGACGGAGGGCGGAGAGGGGAUGGGAGAGGAGGAAGCUGCCGAGGAGCUAGGCCCGACUCGUGCGAAUGUGUUGGGGAAACCUUAUGAGGAUAUCAGGAAGAAGUACAAACUAGCUGAGAAGGAGCUAGGGCGGGGGAACUUUGGAGUGAUUCACGUGGGGGAGAACUUGCAGACGGGAGAGCAGUUUGCAUGCAAGAGCAUCACCAAGGCGAAAUUCGAGGUGAGGAGAGACUGUGCAUGUUGUCAAGGGGAGUAUGUGCCUGUUAAGACUGGAGAGCAGUUUGCAUGCAAGAGCAUCACCAAGGCCAAGUUUGAGGUGAGAAGUGUUGAAUGUUCAGUUUGGUUUGGUGCAUGUACGGUAGCUGAGAAGGAGCUAGGGCGGGGGAACUUUGGAGUGAUUCACGUGGGGGAGAAUCUGCAGACUGGGGAGCAGUUUGCAUGCAAGAGCAUCACCAAGGCCAAGUUUGAGACUGGAGAGCAGUUUGCAUGCAAGAGCAUCACCAAGGCCAAGUUUGAGAAGGAGCUAGGGCGGGGGAACUUUGGAGUGAUUCACGUGGGGGAGAACUUGCAGACCGGAGAGCAGUUUGCAUGCAAGAGCAUCACCAAGGCCAAGUUUGAGUGCUGGGACGAUGUGGAGGACGUGAGGAGGGAGGUGAGCGUGCUCGAGACGCUAAGGGGCCACCCCUUCGUUGUGUCGAUUGUUGAGACGAUGGAAGACGAGGAGGAGGUGCACAUAGUAAUGGAGCUGUGUGCAGGGGGCGAGCUAUUCGAUCGCAUUCUCGACCGCAAGUACUACGGGGAGAGGCAGGCAGCUCGGGUCAUUCGCUCCGUUGUGGAGGUUCUGGCCUUCUGCCAAGCGCGGGGGAUCGUGCACCGGGACUUAAAGCCCGAGAACAUUCUGCUCGUGUCGAAGCGGAGCGACACGCGGGUCAAAGUGAUUGACUUCGGCAUGGCGAGCAUCUUGAAACCGGGCGAGCGGUGCAAGCUGAGGGCAGGAACACCAAACUACAUUGCUCCAGAAGUCAUUGCUAAAAACUAUGGAGCGGAGGCGGACGUGUGGAGCGCGGGGGUGAUCCUGUACGUGCUGCUGUGCGGGCUGCCGCCCUUCUGGGGGGACACCACAGAGGACGUGUUCAAGAGCAUCCUGUGGCAGGAGCUUGAUUUCGAGACGGACCCCUGGCCGGUUGUGAGCACCGCUGCCAAGGACCUGGUCAGACGCAUGCUGUGCCGGAAAUACGAACGGCGGAUUACAGUGUCUGAGAUUCUGAAACACCCGUGGAUCAAGGCGCUAACUUAA